GGAGCUCUGCCGAAACAAAGGCCUGAGAAACUGAGAUCUGGGAAAACUGCAAGGUCGUCCAAAAAUGCCGGAGCACAAAAAGCUGGGCAAGACGAGGCCGGAGCAAACGGUCGAGUCGGAGCCCGGCCACGUAGGAGUCUCACAGGCUGGUUUCAGUAUUUAGAUUUUCAUCCAAAGAUGUGCUCUGCGAUUAGAUGAGCUCUUAGCUAUCUGAUUGGCAGAUACGUUUCUGUUUGUGUUUUUCUGGCCAGCAGGAGGAGGUGUGUUUUUGUUUGUUUGGGGCUUUUUUUUUUGUUUGGUUUUUUUGGAUGCAUUCAGCCGGCGUGUGCAUUAUCGGAUUAGUCAGAGGCCAUCUAUUCCUGUUGGGAAAGAGGCGUGUAUACUUUUUUGACCCCUGGGGAAGGAGAGUGUGCAACCUUUUCUCGAUCGUUAAUGGAUUUUGUACUAAAAUAGCACCGAGGAGGCGGAGACUCGGCAGAGCCAGCGGAGGGGGAGGCUCCGAAAACCUACACGAACUGUGCUGGCGGGGUCGGCUCCGAGGAGCGCGGGGGAGCGCGGCGCCCCAGCGACCCUCUGCGCAUGACCGCCUCUGGUUGCCUAGGCAGCGGGACGGAGUCGCCCGGAAGAGCUUCCCUGAAGGAGCUGCCGGCUCCUAAAACUCAUCCCCGAGGGUCUCGGGACUGACCAGUUCCUGAGGCAGUCUUGACCACGGCAAAGCAGAUGAAGCGCAGAGCCUGAUGCAGUGUGAUGGCCACCCGCCUAGAAGCCGGAGGAUUCAGAGAAACGGGGGGAAUUGGCCCCAGCGGACACCGGGAAUAUGGCAGACUUUUCUGAGACCUUGGAGGCCUUGACUGAUGAGGUAAAGAGUUCCGGUUCAUUCAGUUCCUCAGGAGGACUGCAGCCCUGGUCUUACAACCCUGGGAGCGAGUCUGAGAGUGGAUCGCUGCCUUCACGCUCGGAAUAUGGAGACAACCAAUCUGAGCUUUCAGACUUCAAAGCGAAUGUAAAGAAAUUGAGCAGAAAAUGGAUCCAGAACCUCAAGGGCAAGGAAACGAACUCUGAACAGUACCGACCAGACACUAAACAUCAAACAGACAUCACUCAGGUAUCCCUUGAAGAAUUGAAUGCCCUGCAGUCUUUCUGCACCGUUAAGGUAAACCUGAUCCACCACAGAGCGAACUCUAAGGGGAAAAAGAGCAGCAGACACAAAAAGCUGAAGCUUGGACCCGAGGCCAAGGCUCCAGAGGUAGAAGCCUUAAAGUGUAUAGUCCCUGACGAGCUUUUGAAUAGAAUCUAUUUUAAAAACAUGAGGACAACAUCCAAACAGGUGGGAACAGCUAAGCAACACAUUUCUUCUCGGUGUCCCGACUGUAUCAGAAAAAGGGCAGAACUGGCCCAAGCUGCCUUCCUGAGACAGAAGAAGACUUUACUGGAGUCACUUCUACUCCAAGAGAAAAUAGAUGAACAUCUUUAUACGAAAGACUUCCUCACCCUCAUCAGAGAAGCACACCAGAGCCUUCCCAGGCUUUCAGAUGACCCCAGAAGAAUCUGGGAAAGGCUGAAUGAGAAACGUAAAACUGGAUACUCUGGUUUUUUGAAAGGUCAGAUAUAAAGCAGAAAAUGUAGCAGAAUGGAACUAGUGCUUGUUAUUCACCUUUUUGUCUGCUUAUUCGCAAACCUCUUAUUCUUAACCAGACAGGGGGUGGUGUUUAUUAAUGAUAAUGUGUCAUGUGGGUAAAUGUUUCUGUUGUGUAUUUGAAUAAUUAGCAUCUCUAUAAUAGGGGUGGAGCGGGCAUGCAGCCUAUAGCACCCAAUCCUUAGCAUCGCCACCAUUAUUGGGAGACCCUGAGAACAGCAGUUAUAAGGUCCCUUUCUGCCUGUGGUCACCCCCCAGUGCCCAUCGUGGCAGAGUGGGGUGCGAAGCAGUCCCGGGGCCGUGUCUGGGGACAGGCCAUGAGGGCUGUCCUGUAGAGCCCCAGAAGCCUCGCAUGGCUUCCUAACUGGCCAGGCCCAGGCCUUAAAGGAGCCGUGAACCUCUUCAUCCCCACCUCUGGAACUGUGGUCUCCAUGCCUGGCAGUUCAAGGAGGCCUCAGCAACUGGAGUAAACGGGAAAUCUGCCACUCAGGUAACAACUUCAACCAGCUUCAGUCUCUCUGUUCAAGUUUCAGAAACUGGUCCGGCUUAGAUCAGUUGUCUAUCCUGAGGAAGUGGCCAGAGGUCAGGGAUAAUUUGCACAGACAUGGAGCAUCUACUUCAGUUCCACUGCUGUGGUUGGGUCUCUUUUCAAAGAAGGGCAAUUGUUGGAGCUAGGAAUUCACAUGAUUGGUAAUUGCUACAGCACAUAUUCCUGUCGAUCCUAAACAAAUGAUUCUCUCCAACUUUUAAUGAGAAGCCUGAGAGCCAGUUGGGUCCUGGGUUCCCAGCUGGGCAGGGACCAGGGACUUAGCCAAGAGGGUGCCUGUCAGCUAAGAUCUGCCUCCUCAACUGGGCCUGGGCCCUGCAGGAGGACCCAGACUGGGUGCAGGACAAGCGCGUCAGGCAGUUAUUGGCCUCUGCAAGGAUCACCCUGCUUUUAGCCAAGCCUGGACCUCAGAGAGUGAAAGUUGAGCUUUGGGAUCUUGCCUUUUCUUGUCUGAACUGAGAAUAACAUUUAUUUUGGUGAAGGUUUAUGGGGAACACCUUGAGCUAUGGACCAGACCUCAGGAACAAAGGAUCUGCCACUAACAAGCUUGUAACAACUAACACACCCUCCCUCACCUUUCCUAUUAAAGGGAUUUGUUGAAAGCUUUGGGGGCAUUAAGGAGUUCUUAAGGCAUGGCCCUACAAUAAACCAUUCUAUGCGCCAAA